AUGAGAAAAAGUUGUAGAAAAAGGGUAAGAGGAAAAUAGGCCUCAUGGAUGAAUUAAAACCUCAAAAAUAUCGCAACAAACACAAUUGAUCAGAGUCGUGUUAGGUUGUGAAUCCGACUCUCUUUGUUCUGUUACAUAUUGUAGAAAGUUUUCUUAUCAUUAUAAUCAAAUCUGUAAGAGACUUUUCUAAUUUUUGUAAGUUGAAAAACUGUGACUGAUAAAAUCACACCUUUUGUCUGUUAAGAAAAAUUAAGAAAAGAAAUCACAGCUUCUGAAGUGGAAUUUCAAAGGAUUUCCAAAAGAAAGAAAAAAGUGACGAAACAAUGGCAUCUUCCACCGGUCACAACGUCACCAGAACUCUGCUUUGUCGGAGAUUUUGGAUUACCAGCUCUAUUCUCUCAAAUAUCUACGAGGACUUCGUCUUACUUGGCUUUAGCAAUAGCAUGUAAACCAAAGAUUCCUUUGCAGUAUAUUAGUCUUACUUGGCUUUAGCAAUGGCGAAUGUGAAUAUUAAUACUAACGUUGUUAUCCAUCUGCCGCAGUUGCUGUUGAAUUGGCUAAAGUUGCGAGUGACGUGAAAGCUGGUGACAUUUAGGUUCUUUUCAUGAAGCCUUCGUUUUUUUCAUCAUAGCCACUGCGUUUUCCGGUCCUUAAAUCGAUGUAAUUGGCUAGAGAGCUGUUUGGAUUUUCUGACGUUGGCUAUGCUAUUGUCCAUGUGAUGAUCUUGAUUGGAUAAUGGUGCUUCUUUGUUACCAUCAUCGCUAAUGGCGCCUUCAUGAUGUUGAGUCUGUGAUGAGAGAUUGUGUACUAUACUAAUGAUAUCCUCUGAUUCUUUCUUUAUUCUCCAGGUUCCCACAUGGGAUUUUCUGGUAUGGAAGGUUCUACUUUAAGCAAUGCUCCAUAAAGUUGCAACGUAUAGUUUCAGAAAACAAAGUGAUUCCUAAACAUAGUCUCUGUCAAAUCUCCAAUUGCUUUCUCGGUUUCUCAGUCGACUCUAUUGGUGAUUCCUGCAAGUUCAAGGUAUUAUUGUAAAUCUCUUCUCUUUUCUUUUUUCCUCCAAAAGAGGGACUUACUGGAAUUGCUCUUGUUACCGUGAUCAUUCAUCUUUCUAUGAGGUUUGUUUUUGGUUUCAUCUUUCUACAAUAUCUGAGGUUUGUUUUUGGUUUGGACAGGCACUGUCGUAACUUAAUGGCAUCUGAAUCCAAAAGCUCCUCUAAGAGUAAGACAUGUAAGAGAGAUCGUCUUCUUGAGAUUGAGGUAGCUGUUCGAAAGUGGUGGGAAGACGAGGAUGUAUUCAGGGCUGAAUCUCGUGAGAAUCUUCCAAAGCCAGGGGAAAAGUUCUUCUCCACUUUCCCUAUCCCCUAUAUGAAUGGUUAUCUACACAUUGGGCAUACCUUCUCUCUCUCCAAGGUUGAUUUUGCUUGUGCUUACCAUAGACUAAGAGGUGCCAAUGUGCUUCUUCCUUUUGGUUUCCACUGUACUGGUAUGCCGAUUAAGGCUUCCGCGGAUAAGCUUUCUCGUGAGAUCCAACAGUUUGGAAACCCUCCUGUGUUCCCUGCUGAUGGUAUGCUUACCAACCAAGCUCUUCACGUUCAGGAGGAGAGUAGUGAUGCACCAGCUUUACCGGGUCAGUUCAAGGGAAAGAAGUCUAAGGUGGCUGCGAAAUCUGGUGGACAGGUUUAUCAGUGGCAGAUUAUGCGCAGCUUUGGUCUUACUGACAGUGAGAUUGAAAGAUUCCAAGAUCCAUAUGAAUGGUUGUAUUACUUCCCCCCUCUGGCUGUUGAAGAUCUCAAGGCAUAUGGUUUAGGCUGUGAUUGGAGACGCUCAUUCGUGACUACUGAUGUUAAUCCCUUUUUCGAUGCCUUUGUGAGGUGGCAGAUGAGGAAGUUGAAAUCUAUGGGAAAGAUUGUCAAAGACCGCAGGUACACAAUUUUCUCACCUUUAGAUGGCCAACCUUGUGCUGAUCAUGACCGUGCUACUGGUGAAGGUGUUCAGCCUCAAGAGUACACUCUCAUUAAGAUGGAAGUAGUGAAGCCAUUUCCUCUGAAACUGGUCCCUUUGGAAGGAAAGAGAGUGUUUUUGGCUGCAGCUACUUUGAGGCCUGAGACCAUGUAUGGACAAACAAACGCUUGGGUACUACCUGAUGGUAAAUAUGGAGCUUAUGAAAUCAGUGAAACUGAUGUCUUCAUCCUCACAGAGAGAUCUGCACUCAACCUUGCCUACCAGAAGUUCUCAAAGAUCCCUCAGAAACCUUCCUGCUUGGUCGAGUUGACCGGGCAUGAUCUGAUUGGACUCCCUCUGAAGUCUCCUCUGUCAGUGAACGAGAUCAUCUAUGCUUUGCCCAUGUUAACGAUUCUGACCAACAAAGGUACUGGUAUUGUCACCAGCGUGCCUAGUGAUGCCCCUGAUGAUUACAUGGCUUUACAUGAUUUAAAAGCAAAGCCUGAUCGUCGAGCAAAGUAUGGUGUGAAAGAUGAGUGGGUACCCUCUGAUAUCGUGCCCAUUAUCAACAUUCCAGAAUUUGGGGAUAAGGCUGCUGAAAAGGUCUGCAUGGAUCUGAAAAUUCAAAGUCAAAAUGAUAAGGAUAAGCUUGUAGAGGCGAAGAGGUUGACUUACCUGAAAGGAUUCACUGAAGGAACCAUGCUUAUUGGGGAGUUUGCUGGUAGGAAAGUUCAAGAAAUCAAGCCCAUUAUCAAGUCAAAGCUCAUAGAGUCUGGUGAGGCUAUCGUGUACAGUGAACCCGAGAAGUCAGUGAUGUCAAGAUCGGGUGAUGAAUGUGUUGUGGCUCUUACAGAUCAGUGGUACAUAACGUACGGCGAAUCAGAAUGGCGGGAAAUGGCGGAGGAAUGCUUAUCAAAAAUGAAUCUCUACUCUGAAGAAACAAAGCAUGGCUUCGAACACACUUUGAGUUGGCUCAAUCAGUGGGCUUGCUCACGGUCUUUUGGUCUAGGAACUCGUAUUCCCUGGGAUGAACAGUUCCUUGUGGAGUCCUUAUCUGAUUCAUCUCUUUAUAUGGCCUAUUAUACAGUUGCCCAUAUCUUUCACGACGGAGACAUGUAUAAAGGCAGCAAGUCAUUGAUCCGUCCUCAGCAGAUGAAUGAUGAAGUUUGGGAGUAUCUCUUCUGUGAUGGUCCGUACCCAAAAUCAACAGAUAUCUCGUCAGCUGUUUUAAGUAAGAUGAAGCAGGAAUUUGACUACUGGUACCCGCUAGAUCUUCGGGUUUCAGGAAAGGAUCUUAUUCAGAAUCAUUUGACUUUUUUCAUCUACAACCACACUGCACUAAUGGACAAACGUAACUGGCCACGAGGCAUCAGAUGUAAUGGUCACAUUAUGCUCAACUCUGAGAAAAUGUCGAAGUCAACCGGAAAUUUUAGAACCCUGCGCCAGGCUAUGGAAGAAUUCUCUGCCAGUGCUACAAGGUUUUCUUUGGCUGAUGCUGGUGAUGGUGUUGACGAUGCAAAUUUUGUAUUUGAAACUGCAAAUGCUGCAAUUUUGAAGCUGACGAAACAGCUCGAAUGGAUGGAAAAAGUUCUGGCUGUCGAAUCCUCUUUGAGGACGGGACCUCCAUCUACAUAUGCUGAUAGAGUGUUUGAAAAUGACAUGAACAUUGCUAUCAGAUUGACUGAAAAAGCUUACAAAGGUUGUUUGUUUAGGGAGGCACUUAAGAUUGGGUUUUACGACUUACAAGCUGCUCGAGAUGAGUAUAGACUUUCUUGUGGCAGUGACGAAAAUAUGAAUCAUGACCUGAUACUGAACUUCAUGGAUGUGCAAACACGCCUCAUUGAACCAAUCUGUCCCCAGUUUUCAGAUUAUGUAUGGAGGAAACUUUUGAAGAAGGAGGGUUGUGUGGUAACAGCAGGCUGGCCUACAUCAAAUGAGCCAGAUUUGGUUCUCAAGAGUGCUAACAAAUAUUUGCAAGAUUCUUUAGUCUUAAUGAGAAAGCUUCUACAAAAUCAGCUCCCAGGUUCCAAGAAGGCUGCUAAAAAAGGUGUUCAAGUGCCAGAGCGGAAGUUAAAAGGCCUAUUAUAUGUGAAUGAGCAAUUCGAUGGAUGGAAAGCUCACUGCCUCAUGAUCCUGCAAAGGAAAUUUAACCAACAAACCUGUCGUUUUGCCCCUGAUGAAGAGAUACUAGAAGAAAUAACAGAGAUAUUGCAGAAGGAGGGAAUAGUAACAAGCAAGACAGAUGCUAAGAAGCUCUGCAUGCCUUUCGUUAAAUUCAAGAAGGAUGAGACAAUAUCUAUUGGCACUCAGGCUUUAAAUUUGAGAUUGCCGUUUGGAGAGAUUGAUGUCCUUCAGAGUAACAUGGACUUGAUCAAGCGGCAACUUGGUCUUGAAGAGGUUGAAGUAUAUUCUGCAGAUGACCCUGAUGAUGUUUCAAAAGCUGGUCCACAUGCUUCACUGCUGGAGCAGAUUCGUCCUCCAUCUCCGGGCAAUCCUACCGCCAUAUUUGUGACCAGCACAAAUGUCUCCCCUGCGGUUUAAAAGUGUUGUGCCCAUAGGGAAUCAUCUCUCUCUGCAUAUCUUCAUUGCAUAGAGUAUAUUUCCAAAAGAAGAAGCAGAGGACUGGAGCUUAAGGGGAGGUUUACUCGCGUGUGAAGGCAGAUGCGUAUCCCUUGGUCAACAAGCUGCACGUGAGAAGAGAUUACUGUGUAUAAAUAAGGAUUGAAGGAGGAUUAAGAGGAUCAUGCUGAGUAUGAUGAGAGAUGAUUAGUCGCUAUGAGACUACUCAGGAAGAGAUGGAUCUGAAGGGCUGCUGAAGAUCCAGAUCUUAUCUUUCAUUUAUUCUUCGUAAACUUUGUAAUCUGAGAGCUUGUGAGAGAUUAAAAUCUUAAUACUCUUUUUAUUCAGUGUUGUUGAGUACACAGACGCUGAGAAAAUACAGUUUGUGUCAUUGAACGUUGAAGGUGAGGCUCUCUGUUGGAUCAAGCCUGUUGCGAUUUCA